CGAAGGUAGACGCGGAUGGCUCGUACCAAGCAGACAGCGCGCAAGUCCACUGGAGGCUUGAUCCCUCGCCAUCAGUUAACAACUAUAGCCGCUCUGCGAGCAGUUAGAGACUCGUCUGGCGAUGACGACGUCGAGUUUCUUUACAGCAGCACCACUGCUCAAAAGAAAAGGCACAAAGUCUUUGGCUACGACAAGUGGCCAUUUGGUGGCAAAGGCGAACCCCAAGACAUACCAGUCCCAGCAGGAGAAAAUUGUAAACGGAUCAGCCAGCUUUUGGCCAGAGCUGAUGAAAAUGCAGGCGAAUAUUCCUUCGGUGGACAAGCCGACACUUUGCCGGCAGUUCCGGGGCUUUUUGUCAGGGAAGUAGGCGACAUUUCCGUGCCUUUGUGUGCUGAACAAGCAGAGAAACUCAUUGCCCAAUGCGAUAAAUCUCCUUUUGGCAGAAAAUUGGACACAAUGAUUGACGAA